AUGGAGCCAGAUAGAAUCAGUUACUUACCAGAUCGUGUAAUGGAUCAAAUUCUCUCAUAUGUGCCGAAUAGGGAAGCAGUGGGAACAAGUAUUUUAUCCAGAAAAUGGAGGUACAAAUGGGCCACAGUACCAAAUCUUGUGUUCGAUAACGACACUCUAUUGUAUUAUACCCUGGACUCUUCCAUUGACAUGAACAAGCUUGUGAGUUAUAUUGAUCAUGUACUCUUACUUCAUUCUGGGCCAAUCAAAAGUUCAAGGUCUCCAAUAGUGAACUUACUGCUGUCAGCGAUAUUGAUCGUUGGACUCUUCAUGCAUCCAGGAGGUCAGUUGAAGAGUUUGUGCUGGAAAUCUGGAAAGGGCAACACUAUAAGAUACCCUCAUGCUUAUUUUCUUGUCAAAGUUUGA